AUGGCCGUAGCAAAUAAUGCAAUAGCGGAAACGCUUCAUCUCCGACAAAGACUGCAAGCGAAAGACAAAUGGAAAAACCUCCGUUCUGUAUUCGUACGAAACUUAAAACCUGCUGCUAGUGGAUCAUCAACAAAAAAGAAAUACUAUUUGACAGAUUCAAUGCAGUUUGCUCUUCCUUAUAUAAAAUCUGCUGCAAUUCCAUCUGGCAGUUUGCCUAAUCCGAUUAAUCAAGACAAUGAAUCACAAGCAUCUACACCGACCGCAUCACCACCGCCCUCGGCAUCACCACCGCCCUCCGUAUCACCAUCGCCCUCGGCUUCACCACCGCCCCCGACAUCACCUACUGCAUCCUCCAGAAAACAAACUGAACGUACUCCAACCCCGUUAUCUGUCUCAACUUGGCGUAGUUCCUCUCAGCGUCAUAAGAAUAGAACGAAUGAGAAUGAUGAACUCUUCAAUGAAUAUUUGAAAACGAAAAUGAGCAAGCCAAAUGUCAAUGACGAGUCGACAAAGAAUAACGCCAACAAGAUGUUUUUGUUAAGUUUGCUGCCAGACUUAAAUUCUAUGACAUCCACACAAAUAAGAUCAUUCAAACGUCAAGUUAUAGAUGUGAUAGAUAACAUACUGAAUGUACCUACCACUUCAUCUAAGCAAACGCCGGCGCCGGCAUUAGUUCAUAUACCAAAUACUUCAAGUAUAUUAUCUUCGCAGACAUCUCCGUUUAUAGGACCCGAAAUACAACACCCAAGUAAAUCGUCCUCGCAGGUAACAACUGACAUAGAAUUACCAAUAGAAACCAAUAAUGAUAUAAUCGAAUAUACAACCGACGAUGGAGUAAAUGCAGCUACAUAUAUUCAACUACUCCAAAAUACUGUAGGUCUGGAAGGGAGUCCUACGGAGACGAUGCAAUUGGCUAUGUGCAGCUGCACCGGGAGCAUGGACUUUGCACACUUAAGUGCAAAAUGUGCCCAGAGCACAAAGUGAGAUCAAAAGCUUAUAAUGUGACAAUGGUUAUCAACGAAAAUGAAAGCGAGAUAAUAAGUUGUCAGUGCCAUGACUGUGCUGCUUCAGCAGGAGGAUGCAAGCAUGCAGUCGCUUUUUUGAUGUGGGUACAUCGGCGCAGUGAGGAACCUCCAUCUACUUCGGUGGAAUGUUAUUGGAAAAAGCCAACAUUGUCAAGAGUAGGUACUACUCUGAAGUACAUCACUGUGCAGCAGAUGCCGAAAAAGGAAGUACCACACAGACCAAGUACAUCAGCACUUUACACAGACUUUGUUUUGGAAGCCAAAAAAAGAAAACUUCAACACUGCGAAUUGAUAAAAUAUCAGGACG